AUGUCCCAGGUAAAGCUAGCAUUACAGCCGCCUCCAAAUGUCGACUUUGUAAUUGGAUACCCUGGAAUACCACCAGGCGCGCGAGAUCGCCCACAGGCAGCGGUGAAAGGUGCCGUCGAAGUGCGCGUUGGCCCACAGGGUGUCAAAGCAAAGUGGGUAAGGGUCGAGUUGAAGAAGAUCGAGACCCUACCAGGCGGUGGGCAGGCAAAUUCGUACUACGACCAUGUUGGGCCCAGUCCAAUCCAUCUCUGGCAGUCAAGUGAAGAGUAUAAGAUGCUACUAUCUCAAGACUUUCCAUUCUAUAUCCGUAUACCAGAAUCCAUACCACCAAGCAUUGCUCUGGAGAAAGGAGCUGGAAUUAGGUAUGAACUAGUCGCAACUGUUUGCACCCUGGGUAAAAAGGGUUUCUUUCGACGGAGAAAAUCCCUUGUCACAACAACGUCCGCGAUUAUUACCAUAGAUAAACACGAGCUUCAUUCAACUUGGCCAGUCUAUUCACAACCUGAUUCUCGCCGAGCCAGCCACGACGGUGUACAUCUUAUCAUAGAACGCUCGCACACCUGCUUUGGUCCCGGCGAUCGUGUGUCUGUCAUGGCAGUUGUUAAGUCGGAUAGCGUCCACACAGUGAUUUUGCGCGGGUUCGAGUUCGCGUUGGUGGAGACUACGAUCUUUCGCCCCGGGCCUUACGCGUCAGGCAAAAAAGGUGGUCCAGACAAGAAGACUAAUAUUAUAGGUGAUCAGAAAGUGCCUGUGAACGCUACAUUGUACGGAGGUGCACAGCACAAGGCGGAACUGGGCUGUCUGAUUCCUAACACGCAUACUACGACGUCACUUAAUGCUGCAAGGCAUAUCGACAUCACUUAUUCGAUAGUUGUGAUGGCUUGGCUAGCAACUGGACAAGUGAUCAAGCUGGAACUUCCUGUCAUCGUAUCAAAUUGGCCCAGGAGCGUUUCUCUUGAAGCAGUAAGGCGUAUCGGCAACGCACCAAGUCUCUCCCUCCAGCAACAUGCAGCUGCAGUGCCAGUCGUUCCAGCAAUGACAAGGUCUACUCAUGCUCCUACGAGCAGUAUAGUAUCAGACGAUCUAUAUACGACUACUAAAUCUGACGGUACUCACGGCGUUGCUUCAUCUAUCCAAUACAACACAGCUCCUACUAACUACAAAAGCGAUCUUAAAAGUACUCUGCAAGCCGAUGAGAUGGGCUAUGGAAAACCCACUGCUCUGCCCGCUGCUACCAUCGAUCAUUCUCAAGCAGAAACUGCAUCUAGAUAG